AAAUAGAAAUUGGUGAUUUUCAAAUAAAAAAGGUAUUGUGUUAAAAGUGAAUCAUGGUUAUUUUAUUUUUCUCUGUCUGCAGUCGUUUUAAUUGUGACUUUUAUUUUGAAGAGUAAAGCGGAAACGUUGUUUCUACAUGGUUUGUCUCUCAAUCUCUUCAGAGCCAGAAACGACGCGAAUCCAGUUCAGACCAGUGACCAUAUGUAAAAUUACAGAAUACGGAUCCUAGGUUAGAGAGACCAGAAUCAAGACCAGAACCGGGACCGGUACUGGGACCAGAUCAAGCUGCUCUUUCAACCUUUUACACCAGAAUCUGUUUUUUUUUUUCCUCCUGUUUCAUCCUUCUCCAUCCCUGUCUCUCCUCUCCUCCUCUUCUCCUCCUUCUCCUCCUCCUCUUAUCCCUCUCUCUUCCUCAUGAAGAAAUAACAUACAUCACUGCAGAAACUGAGCACAAAGGGAAAAGGCAGCAGAGGAAUUAAAGAAAUCAGGUCAUCAUGCCGUUAGUGAAGAGGAACAUCGAGCCCAGGCACUUGUGUCGUGGAGCUCUCCCUGACGGUGUGAGUAGUGAACUGGAGUGUGUGACCAACAGCACCCUGGCUGCUGUCAUCAAACAGCUGGGAGGACUCAGUCGCCAUGCUGAGGACAUAUUUGGAGAACUGUUUAAUGAAGCCAACAGUUUCUACCUGAGGAUGAGCAGUCUACAGGAGAGAGUGGAUCAUCUGGCAGUGAAGGUCACACAGCUGGACUCCACUGUGGAGGAAGUGUCUCUGCAGGACAUCAACAUGAGGAAGGCCUUUAAGAGCAGCACCAUCCAGGACCAGCAGGUGGUGUCCCGCACAUCUGUCCCUAACCCGGUGGUUGAGAUGUACCAUCGAUGUGACAAACCUCCCCCUCUGAACAUCCUCAGUCCAUACAGAGAUGACAAAAAGGACGCUCUCAAGUUUUACACCGAUCCUUCCUAUUUCUUUAACCUGUGGAAAGAAAAGAUGCUUCAGGCCACGGAGGACAAACGGAAGGAGAAGAGACGACAGAAGGAGCAGCAGAAGCAGGUUGAAGAUCCAGGCAGAGAAGUGAAGAAGGUUCGUAAGGCACGUAACAGACGUCAGGAGUGGAACGUUCUGGCCUACGACAAAGAAUUCAGACCAGACGCGCGACUUACUCCCUCACCAUAUCAUGGGAUGUCCUCAGAGGGAUCACUGUCACCUGACAACAGGUCAAUGGCCUCUGACUCAUACCCCACCAGCCCCAACCACCCCUCCACCACCCAGGCCCCGAGCUCUGCCCAUCCCACAGACCACCACCUCGGCUCUGCCCAGACUCAGUCUCUGGACCGGGUUCUGAGACCCACCAAUCAGACCGCAGGAGCUGUGGCGGGAGGGUCAGGCAGACACGUGGCCUCUCUGGGCCGCACUCCGUCUGGGCCCCAUGUGGGUGGAGAUGCUGUUGUUAAUGGGCCCAGGCAGCAGUCUGUGAAGGAUUACCGGGCCGGACAUGGGGCUCCACCCACCACCAUUCCAGAGUACUAUAUCCCUCCUGCUCCACCUCCUCCUCCCCCAUCCAUCCCCUCUGCGCAGACGGCCUUCGACUCGGCCUCGUCACCACCCACAGUCCAGCCCACUUCUUCUGCACUCUCUCGUCCGUACUCCCCCUCUCCUCCUCCUCCACCCGCCAACUAUGUCCCCUCCCCAUCCCAUCCACCAUCAGGGGCUCCUCCUGCUGCUCCUCCUCCACCUCCACCUGGAGCUCCUGUUGGUCACCAGCUCCACCAGUCACCGGCCCACACCGGAGCUCAGUCCAGUCUGGACUCUGGACCCACCUCCAGGAAAACCACCAUGUUGGGCAUGAUCCCGAUGAGCGACGCCCGCUCGGACCUCCUGGCUGCUAUACGCAGAGGGAUCCAGCUGAGGAAGGUCCAGGAGCAGAGGGAGCAAGAGGCCAAGCGAGAACCAGUGGGUAACGAUGUGGCGACCAUCUUGUCUCGUCGUAUCGCAGUAGAGUACAGCGAGUCUGACGAUGACUCUGAGCUGGACGAGAACGAGUGGUCAGACUGAACCUGACCAGAACCUGGUUCUGAUGAUGGUGAGAGAAGAAGAGUUCUCAAAGAGGAAUCAGCAGAAGCUUCUGCCACCACAAAUCAAACCAACACAUAUAUUCCAGGUUCCUCCAGAAUUAGAUCUCAUUGGUUGUUGUCGUGUAGAAGGACAUGGUUUUGUUGACAACACAAACUGAGUAUUUUUCUGCUAAAAAAUAUUUACAAGUGUUGGAUAAUCAGGAGUAAAUCCAACACGUCAGCUUCACCCAGUACAUUUCACCUGCAUAGAGAACAACAGAGACAGAUCAGGCUGUCAUUACCCAGAAUCCUUCACUGUCAGAACCUGACUCUUCUAUCAGUGUCUCUGGUGCUGAUGUUCACACAGUGACAACAGAAUUCAGAAAUCAGUCGAACUUGCCUCUCAAGUAAUCACCACCCCGAGUAGACCCCUCCCCUUUAAUGACCUUUGACCUUCUGUGAUCUGUGCAGGGCCACACCUUUACAUGCCCUGGAGACUGUGAAGACGUUUGAACUGUGGCACAUAUAUUUUACAUUACAAAAAUCCCACAUCACACCACCAAACACAAAUGUCACAAAAGUGUAUGUAACGAAAUAUAAAUGAAAUAUAAUGAUCUUCUAGUUGCAGUUUACUCACUAUUUACUUACUCUGUGUGAAUACUGGACCUGUUUAGUUGAACAUAACACUGAUGCAUUGCAGGAAUCGAUGAAAGACACACUAAGAGCACCAUCUCAGAGUCUCUCUAGUUUUAAUUUUGUGACCAUCUGCUGCCACCUACUGGUAGAGCAUUGUUCUGCCUGUUACUGGGGUGUAAAUGAAUGAAGACCAUUCACCUGGUGAUUCCUCAUGGCAGUAUCUUAAUCAAU